GUUCAGAAUAUGUUUUUCAGUAUUUAAAUAGCAACAGUAAUGCAUUCAAACAAAAAAACCGUAAAAGAAUUGCGUGGAGAGCUAGUGACACUGGGUGCAAAAAUAACCGGGAAUAAAAAUGUUCUCGAGAAAAGGCUUGAAAAUUGGAGAAAACAUAAUCUCAGCUCGUCUUUGGUUGUUGCUCAACCUAUACCAGCUGUUGAUGAGACAGUGAUUGAAGACGUGAAGAAAUUUGAUGCUAUUGAGAAUCUCCCGGCCGAUGAAUGCAAGUGGCUUACGUUUGAAAUUAUCAGAGGAUAUUUCAACGAACGUGGUGCUUUAAACAGUUUUAAAGAAGGCCGGAAACUACAUGUGGCAAAUCAUUUGAGGAAAAUUGGAUUUGGAAGGACAUCUGUGGGGAAUAUUCAAAUUCGAUGUUAUUGUAAGGCAGCAAUGAAGAAGAGUGUCCUAUAUCAAGUAAUUGUUGAGCUCGCAAUUUCAAAAGUUAUCGCAAAAUGUAACUGUACAUGCCCUGCAGGUCGAGGGAAUUCAGCGGCUUGUAAGCAUGCAGGUGCUCUUUUGCUUUGUUUGGAAUGCUACUUAGAAACCGUGGGGCAUCCUGUACUUCUGAGUUGCAGCAGUGGCAUAAGCCACCCAAGCUUGAGGACGAACGUCUGUCGGAAACACCAAUCCAUGAAUUAUUCGGUACAAAAAAUGCUACUACUUCAGGUCAAAUUGGUUCUGGUUACGGCCCUAGUGCUGAAUUAA